AUGAAUGAUGGAUUGAGUAGAAUCAGACAAACGCUUGUACAUAACAUUUUCCCACCGAGCUUCAUUGGCAACAACCUGAAAUUAAAAUGUGAAGUUGAAGCUACUACUGUAAUCCAAACACUUUACCAUCAUUAUCAUCAUCAUCAUCAUCAUCAUCAUCAUCAUCAUCAUCAUCAUCAUCAUCAUCAUCAUCAUCAUCAUCAUCAUCAUCAUCAUCAUCAUCAUCAUCAUCAUCAUCAUCAUCAUCAUCAUCAUCAUCAUCAUCAUCAUCAUCAUCAUCAUCAUCAUCAUCAUCAUCAUCAUCAUCAUCAUCAAUCAUCAUCAUCAUCAUCAUCAUCAUCAUCAUCAUCAUCAUCAUCAUCAUCAUCAUCAUCAUCAUCAUCAUCAUCAUCAUCAUCAUCAUCAUCAUCAUCAUCAUCAUCAUCAUCAUCAUCAUCAUCAUCAUCAUCAUCAUCAUCAUCAUCAUCAUCAUCAUCAUCAUCAUCAUCAUCAUCAUCAUCAUCAUCAUCAUCAUCAUCAUCAUCAUCAUCAUCAUCAUCAUCAUCAUCAUCAUCAUCAUCAUCAUCAUCAUCAUCAUCAUCAUCAUCAUCAUCAUCAUCAUCAUCAUCAUCAUCAUCAUCAUCAUCAUCAUCAUCAUCAUCAUCAUCAAUAUCAGUCAAACACAUAUUAUUUUCAUUUUCCAGUAAACUUUCUGAACACUAA